GACAAAAUGUUUCCUUCACACUUUGACUGAGACCCAGGCAAGAUAGGAAUAUCAUAACAAGUACACGCAGCCAGGAAAAUAAUUCAGAAGAAAUGCAGAAAGCUAAUGCUGCUUCCCAAUGUUAAUAAAUCACCCUGUAUAUAAAAUAUUUUCUUUUUUCUUCAUUUGAUCUUGAUAACAUUCAAUAGAAACCAAUGACCAACAGCACGCAUUAAAUCAAUUAACCACGCACUCCAUCCGGAUGAAGUUCAUGCUUGUUUUAAAUAAUUGUCUUAUUAAUUAUCAUUUCGACUUGGUCCAGUUAAAAAUAAAAGCGCUAUUGAACCAAUAAGUUCACACAUCUAUGAUUUGCGUUAAUCAAAUUAACAGGAACAGUUGUCCGAAUCCAUCCCGAACCAGUCGUAAAAUCAGUUUUGUAUCCGUCGUAAAGCCAGAUUUAACAUGUUUCAUGUUUACUGUGCGUGCUUAAGUAUCUAGAAUAAAUGUGACUUUGGAUGGUUUUCUAAGUCGCGAUGCAUUUGUGCAGUCUCCGAUGUUGUCUGGAAUCAUGCUACUGGAACCUAAUCGAAGAGAAGUUCUGUUUCGACGAAAGCAUAGCGCUGUACGAAGAGCCCGUGAAAAAGACAAGCGAAAAAAAUAACAACAUGUUCGACAACAUGGCAUUUUACGAUAGUGUAUCUGUGAUAGCUGGACGAGCAAUCGUUACCAUUGAUCCAUUGGAACCAAAAAGAAACAAACAAGCACAAGCUGUGGUGGUCGAGCAACCUAGAAAAAGACUGAAAUGGCCGGAGAAAAAUUCGAAAGACAUCGACCCCGACUAUUUGAACAAAGUGCCUUUUAUCAUGGACCCGAAGGAGAAAGAAUCCACGGACACUGACGGGGGCGAAAGCGAAUCCCAACAGGAACUUUUACAGAAAAGAAAACUGAUUCAAAAGUGUCAGAUUAAAAAGUCGGUGAGCUUCCACAACAUUCCAGACAAAACAGCCAGUUCUGGCUACGAAACCGACAACAAAUCGAAAUCAACGAAUCUCAUCGUUCCUGAGGAUGAAGAAGUUACGUUGAGAGUGGGAAAAUCGUUGAGGGAACGACGAAUGUCGAAAAGCUUAUCGUUAAAAAUAGUGGAUAUGCCCAAAGAGUUGCCAAUAAUCCGGCAGAAUUCCAUGCCCAAGUUCUACCUGGACACGCCAGAUGAGAACCAAUUGAAAGAUUCAUCAAUAGUGAAAAAUUGCGUGUUGGUGCUCCAGAGCCCCAUGCCGGUCGAUUGCAGUUUCGACUUGCAAUCGGUGGUACAGAUGGAAAAAGAUCGACAAUCGUCGAAAGUGAAAACACCGCCGGUCCCAAUCCAUCGAGAAACUUCAAAGCUCAAUUUACUUAAAGAUAAGAUAAUGUUAAAGAAGAGUAAAAGUACGAUUAACGCUAGCACUUUGCCAUAUACCAAUCACAUGUAGUGUAAGAAGUCUAGGGUUAAACUUAAAUAAAAGUAAUAUAAAGUAGUUAAUUAAGGGCA